AUGUCUAAAGCCGAGUAUCCACCAGAAAGCAUCUACGCUCAUCUUCCAGAGGAGGAAAGUCAUACUGAAAAACCUCCGAGGUAUGUGUCCAAGUUCAGACCAACUGUUGUUCUGGAAAACAAGUUAUCUAAGGACACAAUGAGAACGAUGGGACCAGCGAAAGUAGAAUUGCCUUCUCCAGAUAAAUACCUUAAGAAGAAUUCAAAAGAGUCCAAACCCUAUGAAGCGACAGAGUGCUCCAGAGGUGCUCAUAAAACCUGCUCCUGCACUGAGAGGAAAGCACCAGUUCCUGCAAGGACUGACAACCCACUCAUGGGAAUUCACACCAAGAGGGACUUCAUAAAGACAGCUGUAGCAGUGCCUAAGAAGCCACAGCCUAUAUGUGUCGACACUAACAAGGGACACAAGCAGCCCCUCGAAAACUCAGGACUUGUCCCCAAGUUCAUCAAGAAAACGGAUUAUGGUAAAGUACCUGCAUACCUGCAGCAGCGCAAUGACGAGAAGCUGAGGGCUCAGGAGGAGUACGAGAAGUUUAUAAAGGAACAGAGGGAGCAGGGAGCUCUGAGACAGGUGCCAGAAGAGGAGCAACAAGCCGUCUUGGAGAACCUGAAGAAGAACUGGGAUAUGCUGCAUCAAGAGUACCAGAGCCUCCCUCUGUUCAUCGAAACCCUGUCACAGAAAGCCCACAAGAUCCAGCUUGAAACAGAAAUGAAGCAGCUGGAGAAGGACAUUAGCUUCUCUGAGAGGUUCAAAACCAUCUACGUAUCCAAAGAUUAG